UAAAAGUCCAGUUCGGGCCAGAAACUUCAAUUUGUUGCCUGGUGCAGCAGGUAGCAGUGAUCCUCCGAGGCGUUCGGUGCUCCGGUAGCCGCCACGGCUGGAGAGCGAGUGUUGCCAUGGAAGGCAUCAGUGUAAGUAUAUAUACUUCAGAUAACUAUUCUGAAGAAAUAGGCUCAGGAGACUAUGACUCCAACAAAGAACCGUGCUUCCGGGAUGAAAAUACCCAUUUCAAUCGGAUCUUCCUGCCCAUUAUCUACUUUGUCAUCUUCUUGACUGGCAUCGUGGGCAACGGCUUGGUGAUCCUGGUCAUGGGUUACCAGAAGAAACUGAGAAGUAUGACUGACAAGUACAGGCUGCACCUGUCCGUGGCUGACCUCCUCUUCGUCAUCACUCUUCCCUUCUGGGCUGUUGAUGCCAUGGCGGACUGGUACUUUGGGAAGUUUUUAUGUACGGCUGUCCAUGUCAUCUACACCGUCAACCUCUACAGCAGUGUCCUCAUCCUGGCCUUCAUCAGCCUGGACAGAUACCUUGCCAUUGUCCACGCCACCAACAGCCAGAGGCCAAGGAAGCUGCUGGCUGAAAAGGCAGUCUACGUGGGUGUCUGGAUCCCUGCUCUUCUGCUGACUAUACCUGAUUUCGUCUUUGCUGACGUCAGCCAGGGGGACGGCAGGUACAUCUGUGACCGCCUUUACCCCGACAGCCUCUGGGUGGUGGUGUUCCAGUUCCAGCACAUCAUGGUGGGUCUUAUCCUGCCAGGCAUUGUCAUCUUAUCCUGCUACUGCAUUAUCAUCUCCAAGCUAUCACACUCCAAGGGCCACCAGAAGCGCAAGGCCCUCAAGACAACAGUCAUCCUCAUCCUGGCUUUUUUUGCCUGCUGGCUACCAUAUUACGUUGGGAUCAGCAUCGACUCCUUCAUCCUCCUGGAGGUCAUCAAGCAAGGAUGCGAUUUCGAGAGCCUUGUGCACAAGUGGAUCUCCAUCACUGAGGCCCUGGCCUUCUUUCACUGCUGCCUGAACCCCAUCCUCUAUGCCUUCCUUGGAGCCAAAUUCAAAACCUCUGCCCAGCAUGCACUCAAUUCUAUGAGCCGAGGCUCCAGCCUCAAGAUCCUUUCCAAAGGAAAGCGGGGUGGACACUCUUCUGUCUCAACAGAGUCAGAGUCUUCAAGUUUUCAUUCCAGCUAACACUUAUGGAAAGACAUAUAUAAUAUAUAUACAUAUAUAUAUAUGAUAAAGAACUUUUUUAUGUUACACACUUUUCUGAUAUAAAAGACUGACCGAUCUUGUACAGUUUUUUUUUUAUUGAUUGUUGGAGUUUAUGUUUCUUUAGUUUUGUGAGAUUUGACUUAAUUUAUAUAAAUACUGGUGUGUGUUUGUUUUGUGAGAAUGAGUGUCUAGGCAGGACCUGUGGCCAAGUUCUUAGUUGCUGUGUGUCUGGGUGUAGGACUGUAGCAUUGUAGAAAGAAGAACUGAACAUUCCAGAAUGUGUGAUGAAUUGAAUAAAGCUAGAAGUGAUCCUCAGCUGUUGCUGCAUAAUCUCUCCAUUCCCGAGGAGCACGCCCCCACCUCCCCACCCCACCCCACCCCAUCCCCAUUCUCAAGUUGUUUAGUUGUACUGUGUGACUUUUCUAUGAAGGAUGGCACUUAAAACCAAAGCCUGACACAGUUUAGGAAUGCUGGUUGUUUGGUGGGUUGAUUAUAGCCUUGUACAGUCUUGUAUUAUGUUGUUAAUAAAACUCAAUGAUAAACUUA